GAGUUCAUACCUAUCCAUAAAAUAUUCUUUUUUAUUUCUAUUUUUUGGAAUUAUUAAUUAUUAAUAAUAUUUAAUAAUAAAUUAAGAAAGGUCACAUUAUCUAGAAGUAUAAAUAGUAGUUGCACCAUGUUUGAGUAGAAACCAUAUGAAUAUUUUUGAGCUGAUACUUGAAGCCAAGAAAUUACAACAACAAAUCAUGGAAGAAGCAAAGAUGAACUUUCAAUUAUUUCCAACACCUGAGGAACUUGAAAUAAUUUCUGCAAAGAAUUUUCAACAAAAAAUUAAUUUAAGUUUUUUCAAUAAAUCAGAGAAAUUAUUUGAUGGUAGUAGUAGUAGCUGUGAUUCCACCACCACUACUGUUACAUCCUUUGAUUCAAAUUCAUCAUCAGAUUUAAUGGAGGAUGCAACUUCUUCUUCUUCAUCUUCAUCUUCAUCUUCAUCUUCAGAUGGUCCCUUGUUUCAUUUGUCAGAUCUCAUGGAUAAACUUCCUAUCAAAAGAGGGCUUUCAAAGUAUUACACGGGAAAAUCAGAGUCAUUUACAUCACUAGCAAGUGUCGAAAAUUUGGAAGAUCUUGCAAAGAGAGAGAAUCCGUACAGGAAAAGGGUGAAAUUGUGCAGGAAUUAUUACAGUCCAAAACCCACAAUUGCAAAGAAAGCUUCUUAUUCAAGGAAUUCAUUUUCAAGUAAUUUCAUGAGCAGACCUCCUUCAAUUCCUUCUGUGUUAAAGGAUUUUUAAUUUAUUUUUUUCUUUCUAUUUUUAGAAGUAUAUUUUUUUCAAAGGUAAAUCAGAAAAUUUUGUACGGUUAGCAAUCUGCCUUUUCAGUGUUCACAGCUGCAAGUGCAAGAGCUUAAAAAUUGAGGGUUUUCUCAUUAUUAAUACUGGUUCAUAAAUCUUUUAUCUCAAA